AUGGAAAACGACCAUUCUGUGGAAAGCGAGUCCACGUCGGCUGGAAAUUCAGAACACAUUCCUCGCGAUUCCGUUGCUUCUGAGAGUUCAUCUUCGCCAGUUAAUUCACUUCCACCCGGAGAUUUCGCGCCGAUCCACACCAACCGAUCCCACUCCCAGUCAAAUUCUACAGGGCCAAAGCUAGACGAGGAUGGUGUCGCGCGUACUAUAUCUCGUCGACGCAGCUAUGCUUCCGGUCAUUAUACCAAAGGAGAAGAAUGGGCCCAGAUAGAAAGGCUGGUCUCACGGAUGUUCGGCCCUGAGCGCAAAGCAAAUUCCGAAGAAGAAAAAACACGUCAUGUUGGAGUUGUAUGGAAAAAUCUCACUGUGAAGGGUGUAGGCCUUGGUGCCGCUCUCCAACCUACCAACGGAGACAUUUUUCUCGGGUUGCCACGACUCAUCAGGCAACUACUCACUGGGGGUAGGCAAGUUGCUGGCGCCGGAAAAGCACCGAUACGAACAAUCUUGGAAGACUUUACUGGCUGUGUUCGUCCCGGAGAGAUGCUUCUUGUUCUGGGCCGCCCUGGUUCUGGGUGUUCCACUUUCCUGAAAGUACUCGGCAAUCAACGAGCGGGCUACGAAAACAUUGAAGGCGACGUGCGGUAUGAUGGCACUGAUUCAGAAACCAUGAAAAAGCAGUAUAAGUCUGAAGUCUUGUACAACCCCGAGGAUGAUCUCCAUUAUGCGACUUUGUCUGUACGAGAUACACUGCUUUUUGCCCUGAAAACUCGAACUCCUGACAAAGCCUCACGCAUUCCAGGCGAAAGCAGAAAGGAAUAUCAGCAGACAUUUCUGACUGCCAUAGCUAAGUUAUUUUGGAUUGAGCAUGCUCUAGGAACCAAAGUUGGCAACGAACUCAUUCGUGGAGUUUCCGGUGGCGAGAAGAAACGAACCUCAAUUGCUGAAGCCAUGGUUACAAAGGCUAGCACCCAGUGCUGGGACAACUCUACCAAGGGCUUAGAUGCCAGUACGGCGCUGGAGUAUGUUCAAAGUUUGCGAAGUCUAACAAACACUGCCAACGUUUCAACGGUGGUAGCUCUCUACCAGGCCUCGGAGAAUCUAUUCGAUCUUUUUGACAAGGUGAUCCUGAUCGAAGAUGGAAAAUGCUCUUUCUUCGGGCCUAGCCAGGAUGCAAAGACGUAUUUCGAACAGCUGGGCUUUCAAUGCCCCCCACGUUGGACAACCCCCGACUUUUUGACAUCUGUCAGUGACCCUCAUGCAAGACGUGUCAAAGACGGCUGGGAUGACCGAAUCCCUCGUAAUGCAGCUGAAUUUCAAGCUGCAUAUCGCAGAAGUGAUACCUACAAACGCAACUUGGCUGAUAUUGAAAGCCUGGAGAGCGACAUCGAAGCCCGAAGACAGGAGAGGGAGGCUGCAAGAAGUAGUAACAAACGGAAAAAUUUCACGGUCUCAUUCUACAAACAGGUUUUGAUUCUCACGCACCGUCAGUUUUUAGUUAUGUUUGGCGACAGAAAAUCAUUGAUUGGAAAGUGGAGUGUCAUAACUUUCCAAGCCCUCAUUAUCGGUAGCUUGUUUUACAAUCUCCCACACACAAGCAAUGGGGUUUUUACGAGGGGUGGUGUGAUGUUCUUUAUACUGCUUUUCAAUGCAUUACUUGCUAUGGCAGAGCUGUCCGCAGCAUUUCAGAGUCGACCAAUCUUGCUGAAACAUAAAAGCUUCUCUUUCUACCGUCCUUCGGCAUAUGCGCUUGCCCAGGUUGUGGUUGAUGUGCCUCUUGUAUUCAUACAAGUCGUCAUAUUUGAUGUCAUAGUAUACUUCAUGGCAAAUCUUGCACGAACAGCUUCGCAGUUCUUCAUUAAUCUACUUUUUAUUUUCAUUCUCACCAUGACCAUGUACUCGUUCUUUCGUGCCCUUGGGGCUCUAUGUACCUCGUUGGAUGUUGCCACACGUCUCACUGGUGUCUCCAUACAGGCAUUGGUUGUGUACACAGGCUAUCUCAUUCCUCCGUGGAAAAUGCAUCCAUGGCUAAAGUGGCUCAUUUGGAUCAACCCUGUCCAAUACGCAUUUGAGGCAUUGAUGGCUAAUGAGUUCUACAACCUCCAGAUAAAAUGUGAACCACCAUGGAUUGUGCCCGACGGGCCAAAUGCAGUGCCUGGGCAUCAAACCUGUGCAAUCCAGGGCAGUGAUCCAGACCAGUUGAUCGUUCAUGGUUCCAAGUACAUCCAAACAGCCUACACUUACAGUAGGGCUCACCUGUGGCGAAACUUUGGAAUCAUCAUUGGAUGGCUGAUGUUUUUCAUAUGUUUGACAAUGUUGGGAAUGGAAUUGCAAAGGCCUAAUAAGGGUGGCAGCUCGGUCACCGUCUUCAAAAGAGGUGAAGCCCCCAAAGCAGUUGAAGAUGUCAUCACGCGAUCCGGUCCCAGACAGGAUGAGGAAUCUGCGGAGAAGGAUAAGAUGGCUUCCAACAAAAACGACGGCCCCUCGAAUAAAUCCAGUGUCAAGAUCCAGAACAUUGCUAGAAACACAGCAAUCUUUACAUGGCAAAACGUCAAUUACACCAUUCCAUAUAAAGGUGGACACAGACAACUGUUGCAAAAUGUCCAGGGAUAUGUCAAGCCUGGUCGACUGACUGCAUUGAUGGGUGCUUCUGGCUCAGGGAAAACUACGUUACUCAAUGCACUCGCACAACGAAUCAAUUUUGGUGUCGUGACUGGCAACUUCUUAGUGGAUGGACGUCCCCUCCCAAAGAGCUUCCAGAGAGCGACUGGAUUCGCUGAACAGAUGGACAUUCACGAACCCACCGCUACUGUGCGGGAGUCUCUUCGAUUCUCUGCUCUGUUGCGACAACCAAAAGAAGUCCCAUUACAAGAAAAGUAUGAUUAUUGUGAGACGAUCAUUGACUUGUUAGAAAUGCGGUCCAUCGCCGGCGCGACUGUGGGAUCCACGGGCUCAGGCCUCAACCAGGAGCAGCGCAAACGACUUACCAUCGCCGUUGAAUUGGCAAGUAAGCCGGAGCUAUUGCUUUUCCUAGACGAGCCGACGUCUGGCCUCGAUUCCCUGGCAGCGUUUAACAUUGUACGUUUCCUUCGCCGACUUGCCGAUGCCGGCCAAGCCGUGCUAUGUACAAUCCAUCAACCUUCUGCUGUGUUGUUUGAGAAUUUUGACGAGCUCUUGCUGCUGAAAAGCGGUGGAAGCGUUGUUUACAAUGGACCCCUUGGAAACGACUCUAAGACGCUGAUUGAUUACUUUGAACGAAAUGGCGGGAGGCAGUGCUCACCACAUGAAAAUCCGGCAGAGUAUAUGUUGGAAGUCAUUGGUGCCGGAAACCCUGAUUAUAAGGGCCAGGACUGGGGCAAUGUGUGGGCCAACUCGCCGGAAUCCAGGCAGCUUUCUGAGGUCCUAGAGGGUAUUAUAGCCUCCCGUCGCAAAGUUCAAAAUGAUGAUAAAAUCAAAGACGAUCGCGAGUACGCAAUGCCACUUUACGUUCAAGUAGUUACAGUCACCAAACGCGCAUUUGUGGCUUACUGGAGGGUCCCGGACUACAUUAUUGGGAAAUUCAUGCUCCAUAUCUUCACCGGUCUUUUCAACACGUUCACCUUCUGGCAUCUGGGAAAUGGUAACAUCGACAUGCAAUCACGACUAUUCUCUGUCUUCAUGACAUUAACCAUAGCUCCGCCACUGAUACAGCAACUCCAACCGCGCUAUCUCCAUUUCCGGGGCCUCUAUGAAUCUCGCGAAGCUAACUCCAAGAUCUACUCUUGGGCUGCCUUUGUGACGAGCACAAUUAUCCCAGAGUUGCCAUACUCGAUUGUUGCCGGGUCAAUUUACUUUAACUGCUGGUACUGGGGAACUUGGUUUCCGCGCGACUCGUUCACUUCCGGUUACGUUUGGAUGUGCAUGAUGCUAUUUGAAAUAUACUAUGUUGGACUUGGUCAGUUCAUAGCCGCACUUGCACCUAACGAGCUAUUUGCAAGCUUGCUUGUGCCAACCUUCUUUACCUUCAUUGCUUCCUUCUGCGGUGUGGUUGUCCCCUACGCCGCAAUGCCGCAUUUUUGGCAGUCGUGGAUGUACUGGGUUACGCCGUUCCACUAUCUGCUCGAGGGAUUUGUUGGAGCCAUCACCCACAAUGUUCCCGUACGCUGUAUUGCGCGUGAAGAGUCCCACUUUAGUCCUCCGGCUGGUAUGACCUGCCAGCAAUAUGCCGGGUCUUAUGUCGAAAAGGCUGGUGGAUAUGUCCGAGAAGCUGGGGAUGGAAUGUGCUCAUACUGCCAAUACUCGGGCGGUAGUCAAUAUGCUAGGAGCUUCAAUGUGUUCUACUCGCACAAAUGGAGAGAUUAUGGAAUCCUCUGGGGAUAUAUCAUCUUCAACUUUGCUCUUGUUUUCGCUUUCUCUUGGUUGUAUUUGCGCGGUGUUCGCAGCAUGAAACGUCGGUUCAGUGCGCGUAAGACGAGACAGGGAAAAGCCCGUUCUUGA